UGGGCAGGUAGUGGGCAGGUAGUCGAGUUUGAAGGCUCAUUUUAAUCUUAAUCCAGUCAUUAUCAGUUCACUGAAUAACAACUUAACCCGAGAUAUGGACACUUGCAGAGAUGUUGGAAAUAUGCAGGCAAAGAAGCCAGAUGAGUAUGAUCUUUUCUUGCAGUAUGUCUCAAUAGAUGGGAACAGCCUCACAACUGCUGAUUUGGUCUGUCUGGGAAAAGGAUUUUGUAAGAUUAAGCUGAGUGCUGAGGUGGAAGAGCGUGUGAUCAGGGCUGAAAAGGUUAUUGAGAAGAUAAUAUCUGAAAAUCAAGUUGUUUAUGGAGUUAAUACAGGCUUUGGAAAAUUUGCACAAACUGUUGUAAAGAAAGAUCAACUCAAGGAGCUGCAGGAAAAUGUUGUUCGCUCCACAAGUGCUGGGGUCGGACCCCCACUGAGUCCGGAAAGGACCCGGAUGCUUCUUGCUCUCAGGAUUAACGUCUUAGCUAAAGGUUAUAGUGGCAUCUCCUUGGAGACUCUUCAAAAAAUGGUCUUGGCUUUUAAUGCCUCCUGUCUCUCCUGGGUUCCUGAGCAAGGGACUGUAGGUGCGAGUGGAGAUCUGGCCCCUCUUGCUCACCUGGCUCUGGGGCUGAUGGGAGAGGGACGCAUGUGGUCACCACAGACCGGCUGGACUGACGCCAUGACUGUAUUAGAAGAACACGGUCUGACCCCAAUGUCCCUGAAACCUAAAGAGGGAAUUUCUCUGAUUAACGGGACGCAGCUGAUUUCAUCACUGGGUGCUGAGGCAGUAGAGAGAGCAGAAGCGAUCUGUCGGCAAGCUGAUGUCAUCGCGGCUCUCACUUUAGAGAUGCUGAAGGGAACCAACAAAGCUUUUGACAUGGAUGUCCAUGAGGUGCGGCCUCACCCAGGUCAGAUUUUAGUCGCCCAGAGAUUUCGCUCCUUAAUUCACUCGGACUUCUUUCCUUCAGAAAUCACAGAUGAGAAGUCCUAUAAAGGUGUUCAAGAUGCCUAUACACUGCGAUGUUGUCCACAGGUGCAUGGAGUAACUAAUGACACAAUUUCUUUUGUGAAGAAUAUUCUCAACACUGAGCUGAACAGUGCCACAGAUAAUCCUCUGGUUUUCCCAGAGCGAGGAAUCACUAUAUCAGCGGGAAACUUCCACGGCGAAUAUCCUGCUAAGGCUCUGGACUUCCUGGCUAUAGGAGUGCAUGAGCUGGCGAGUAUUAGUGAGCGGCGCAUCGAGAGGCUUUGUAAUCCCUCUCUCAGUAAUCUCCCUGCCUUCCUGGUGAAAGGUGGAGGAUUAAACGUGGGCUUCAUGGUGGCCCACUUCACUGCUGCUGCCCUGGUGUCAGAGAAUAAGGUGCUGUGCCACCCGGCCUCUGUGGACUCUCUGUCCACCAGUGCAGCUGCAGAGGACCACGUGUCUAUGGGUGGCUGGGCAGCCAGAAAGGCCCUGAAGGUGGUCGAGCACGUGGAGCAGGUCCUUGCCAUAGAGUUACUCGCUGCCUGUCAGGCUCUGGAGUUCCACCGGCCCUUAAAGACCACAGCACCUCUGGAGAAGGUCUAUGAGCUGCUGCGCUCUGUAGUCAGGCCCUGGGACAAAGAUCGUGUUAUGAGCUCUGAUAUUGAAGCAGCUCACAAGCUCCUCUUAGAGGAGAAGGUGUGGGAGGCAGUUCUACCAUAUAUGGAGCAGUAUAAGAAGAAUGAACACCAACAUCUCUCUUCUUCUAAUCGCUCAUCUGAAUCGCUUUUGUUGUAAUACAGUAAAAUGUAGCUCGGAAGCAGACGACUAAAUUUGUUGAAUCUUUUUAAUUCAAAUAAAAUGGUAAACGAGGCAGCAUAAUACAUUACACAAUGAUUUAAUGAGUAGUAUUUUGAGCUUGUGGAUUUUUUUUAAAUCGUGGAGUGUUAUUUUAAAAAAAUCUGUAAGUAUAAUUAGCUAUAUUGGUAAGAAGAAAAAGAAUACAUUUCUAGAAAUUAAAAAUAAAAUGAUUAUAUCAUG